AUGCGCGAGCUCCUAUUGGCGCUGCGUCGGAGACAAGGUGCGGGCGGCCCGCCGUCGGUGCCCGUUGUAUAUAUAGGUGCGCGACGCAGAAGCGUAGCGGAUCCGUGCAGCGCAGUGUGCCAGCAGCCAUACCCUGAUAACCACAUGUCGUCUAAGAAAUCUACCAACCCGGCCGUGAACCUAGUUGCGGGCGGGACCGCGGGCCUGUUUGAGGCGCUCUGCUGCCACCCAUUGGACACGAUCAAGGUGCGCAUGCAGAUCUACAGGCGCGCGAACGAGGGCACGAAGCCCCCUGGGUUUUUGCGCACGGGGGCCAACAUCUACAGCGGGGAGGGCUUGCUGGCUUUCUACAAGGGCCUCGGAGCUGUGGUGAUCGGGAUCAUCCCUAAAAUGGCGAUCCGGUUUUCGUCAUACGAGUUCUACCGGACCUUGUUGGCGGACCGGCAGACGGGGGUGGUCUCGACGGGGAACACGUUCUUGGCCGGAGUGGGGGCGGGUGUCACGGAGGCCGUGCUGGUGGUGAACCCGAUGGAGGUUGUGAAGAUCCGGUUGCAGGCGCAGCACCUGCAUGGCGCUGCUGAGCAGCAGAAGUACAGAAACGCGAUCCAGGCCGCGUACUUGAUCGUCAAGGAGGAGGGGAUCGGCGCACUCUACCGCGGCGUGUCCUUGACGGCGGCGCGUCAGGCGACGAAUCAGGGUGCGAACUUCACCGUGUAUUCGAAGCUCAGGGAGCGGCUGCAGGAGUAUCACGGUAGCCAGAACCUCCCAUCGUGGGAGACCUCGUUGAUCGGUUUGGUGUCGGGCGCAAUCGGCCCGUUCUCAAACGCGCCGCUAGACACCAUCAAGACGCGCUUGCAGAAGGACAAGUCCACGCGUAACCUGUCCAAUUGGGUCCGCAUUACGACGAUUGGCCGCCAGCUCGUGCAGGAGGAGGGGUUCCGCGCGUUGUAUAAGGGCAUCACCCCGCGUGUUAUGCGUGUUGCGCCAGGCCAGGCCGUGACGUUCACGGUCUACGAAUUUGUGCGCAGGCACCUCGAGGGGCUGGGCCUCUUUGGCUCCGCCAAACCUAAGCCGAAGCCGCUUCACUAG